AUGCUUCAAAACGCCGACCAUACCUCGACUACUGCCACGUCCGUCAUCAACGCCCCGAGCUCGCCCUCUACAAUUUCCCCGACCGAGCGAAAAGGAUCGUCUCAGCCUUGCAAUGACCCUCAGUUAUCCCACCAGGAAGUUUCCGCGACUUCGUUAGUACAGAACUCGCAUGCAGCCCUGUCGGAGAAACCGUCUCUUCCAAACCAAUCUUUCCACCGACGUGCAAAUACUGAGGUUUUUGUUCGACGACAGUCACAUUUGCCGGCCCGACAACUCUUUGCAGACCAGUCCAAGACACUGGAAGAUCUCGACAGUAGGGAUAGACCCUCGAUUCCGCCAACGGAGAAUCUCACAAGGAGAAAACUAGAGGAAGGUGCGAAGCUAUUCACAGGCUGGUUUCAGGGCAAGUCUGAACCAGUUAAUCUGGGUGUGAUGUCUCAGUCAGAGCCUACAGGAACGUCGACGAUGGACGCUCGCGAUUUCUAUGGAUCCCCUAAGGUCCCUACAUCGCGAGCACAGAAGCGUAUGACCGCUCCUUCACCUCUAAAGCAGGUAACCUCGUCGAGUCCUUUUUCUUUCUUUGGGUUGAAGCGCCAGGAACCCAAAAUGGAGCUCCCUGAGCCUGCAGAUGAUGAAUUCCUGAAUUUGGACAUUGCUGCUGCUCUAUUCCCAGCCACAGCUACUAGUUUCAGCGAACAGGAAGCUUUCGAUACCCUGAGGAACAACGCGGAGACCGUCAUCAAAAGGUUGCAGACGGCCUAUAAGCAAAGAACGUUCGCCUUGCAUGAGGCACUAGCCGACAAGAAUGAGAAACAAGAAGAGUUGGAAGAGACCCGGACCCGAGUUGGAAACCUAAAGAUACAGCUGGAUGGCAUGGCAGAGAAGGUAAAUCAACAAGAAAAGGCUAUGAAUGCCAUGGCGGAGGAGCUGGAGCAGGAAAGACAAUUGCGCCAGAGAGAAGAUGAAGCGCGCUUGCGCAGUAUCAGACUCAUCAGGUCUAGUGAUGAUGAGAGCAUUUCCGACCUGGGCGCUGACCUUCAAACUCCCACGCGGAACAUGAAGCGUGCUAGCAAUGCCACAUACGCCAGCGAUUCGGGCUUUGACUCGGGGGACGAAAGCCUCGCAGAAAGCGUAUUUUCGCGCCGGGAAGGCCUCGAAUCACCGGCUUCUACGGUAGCUCCUUCUCCAAGCAUCUCUCAUAUCACAUUGCCCGCACCGGUAUCAACUCCUUUGAAAGAGAAAGAACUCAAACCUCUCCCACAAACACCUACGCCACGGCAAUCGGCAUAUGACCGAGUGCUCAAAGGUAUUACUAGCUCGUGGACGAGUAACUCCAAAUGUGGGAUCUGCCACGGAGUUCCUUCCUCUGAAGCUUGGAGCGUCCUGGGAAUUUUAAAGGAAGAAAAUAAGGGCCUGAAGGAGCGACUAGGUGAACUCGAAAUAGUCAUCGAUGACUGUCUGAGUAUGGUUGGACCUUGA